AUGAUUGGCUGAGGCUAGCCAGGUCAGAUCGCCUGCAUUGCUGGAAUCAUAACAAGUCUGCAGCCAUCAUGGCGAAUCCACGGAAGUUCAGUGAGAAGAUAGCUUUACAUAAUCAAAAGCAGGCAGAGGAGACAGCUGCUUUCGAAGCUAUUAUGCGUGAAGUUUCGGGAGCUACUAGGGGGGCGUUUCAAAAACAUUUGCACAUUACCCAAAACCUUGGUGCAUACCGUGGAGGGUCUCUACCCAAUGUGAACCAGAUUGCGUCCAAUAGUGGAAUUCUGCAGACUGCACUGCAAAACCUCAAAGACAUUGAACAAGGCAGAGCUGGUCCACGUGAUCGCUCUAGACAAGGAUUAGUACAACAGCGAGGUCGUGCAUUUCCAACACGAGCUGAUUGCUCACCUUAUGGAGCAACUUACUUAUCACUUCCUCCAGACACCAGUUGGCGCAGGUUAUACCCACAUCUUAAUGGCGUGUCACUUCCCCGAACCAACUCAGAUUCGGCAUUACAUACAAGUACAAUGGUGCAACAAGUAGACAAUAUAUUGACUUCCAACACACCUCCCACUCAUAAAAGAGUUCUUCAAGUAGCUGAGGAAAAUUCAGUUCAAGAUAACAUGAAGUACUGGGACCCUAAAAAGCUUGGUCAAGUCCGGCCCAAAUCCUGUGAAGUUCCCAACAUCAACAUCUACCCAUCACAAGAACAGGACUCUGGUGUGCACAUCCCAAUUUCCAAUCAUGCUGGAUCAUUGCCUGACUUAUCAGUACUUCAGUUUCCUUCACCAUUAGCGACACCACUUGAUGAAGAAGAGCAGAACUUUGCUUCAUCCGUCACAACUGGCAGUAAUAUAAAUCUGUCUCCAAAUAUGAACAUGUCUCCUACUCAAGUAUCACCGCCCCAGCAAUCUGUGUCAGCUCGACGGAACCUACAGUCAAGUCCAAGUCCGUUGGUACUAACAAAUGUCAACCAAAUGAGAUUGCCACUUUCUCCACCUGUGUCCUGUGUCAAUCCCAACAGUGGGUUGACUGGCGUCUCUGGGUCAGCAUCAUCCCAGUCAUCUUCUCGUGUGCUUCAAUGCAUGUAUUCCCAGGUGCCUCACAGACAGCAACCUCAUGGAGGAGGACAACAGCCGGUGGCACAACAACAACAACAUCAACAUCAACAUCAUCAACAACAAGUUACCGCCCCUCACCAUGUUAACACCUACUCUCCUCCCAUGCACCAUCGCACCCCACACUCACACCAUCACCACCACCAUGUUCAACAAUCUACUCACCAGCAGCACUCCUCAUCACACAUGCAGUCUCCACAUAAUACAUUUUCACAUCAGCAGCCACAACAUCAACAAACAGUCCAUGCUCAACAACAACAACAUCACCACCCACCUCAACCAGUACAUCAUCAUAUAGCUCCGCAAGUACAUGUCACGCCACCACCUUGUGAUGAUUCACAAGUCAAUCGAACAAAGCCUUCUCUGACACAGUAUAGAAAUAGUGAAAGUAGCUGUCAGUCACCCACAUCACCACUGUCCCAGACUUCAUAUUCACCUGUACAAUCACCUGGUUUACCACCAAACUCCACCUCUUUAGAUAACACUGCCUGUACUGAAGCCUUCUACAUACAACAGCAGAAGACUAACCAAUUACAACAUCAACUGGAGCACUUCAAUAUGCUUCAAGAUAAUCAACCAAGUCUAAAUUCUUGCAACUCCAACUCAUUAACUAACCUGGCUGGUUACUCAAUUUCACCUCAAACACUGGAAUUCACUGAAGAGGAUAUGCAGAGGCUGACUGCCGUCACAAGUGGUAGCCAGGAAUUUAAUUUAUCAUCUUUCUACUCGGAUUUGAAUCCCCUUUGUACUCAACCACAGCAGCAGUUGAUGAAUACAGCUGUGAUAUCACCACAACACCAACAGUCACCUCAACAGCAGCAAACCAGCCACCAACAGCAACAGACACAACAGCAACAUACACAACCACAACAGCAGCAACCAUCAUCUCCAAACCAUCCACAUCAACAGUUAUCACCACAAAAUAACAGUAAGAUACCACAUAUCAUAUUUACUGAUAGGCCAGCAGGGGACUGGAAGUAUCUGCUCCAAGAUGAAAACACCAACCCGGGUGCUGAUGAUUUGUCCAGGCAAGAUUUUGCUCGAGAGCUUGGUAAUGCAAUAACUGGGUUUAAUGACUUUGACGCCGAUUACUUACCAGAAGAGGAAGCUUUGAAAAUUGGAUUGGUACCACUGGAUAUCGACGAUGUCCAGAUGUUAACAGAUCCCAAUCUUGUUACUGAUGCUGCCACUGAGGAUUCUUUCAAACUCGAUCGGCAGUGAAGCAACAUCAUUGCAGUCUGCAUGUAACGGUGUUUCAAGCGACAUCAACAUUUGUUGUUCUGCAUUAGCCAAGCGAGAUGCAUGAUUAAUAUUGCCUGUCAAAAAUCUGGAAUAUCUACCCUGACCCUUGGAAAAAUGAAAAACAAACAAUUUUUUUGCUGCUCAAUCAUCUCCAGUAUUCCAGAUAUAUAUAUAAAUAAAUAUAUAUAUUUUUCUUUCUUCCUUAGCUGAUGGUAGUUCUGGAGGCUGUGGGGAGGAGAAUGCAUUCUGGUGCUGUGUCCUUCCUUACCACAAACUGCAUCCAUUGCCAUGACUACCACCAACGCCACCACCACCAACAACAACACUGCUACUAGCACCACCACCACCACUACCACCACCAUCCCUUGGCUUCUACUGUACAAAGCUUACAUUCACCUUUCAAUUCCUCUCUUCAUACAUGUUCUAUGACAGUAGACAUUCCAUCUCAUCAGCACACACGGGCAUCACAUGAUGCAUAUGUAUGUAUGUAUGCAUGUAUAUAUGGAUGUAUGUGUGCAUAUACUUAGGUAUACGUGUGUGUGUAUGUGUGUGUGUAUUUAUUUCUCUAUAUACAUGCAUAGAUAUACCUGUGUGUAUAUGUAUAUAUGUGUGUGUGUAUAUAUAUAUAAAUAUAUAUAUAUACACACAUACACACACACAUGCAUACAUGUAUGUAGUGAAACCAAAAGAAAUCAAGAAUAAAAAAGAAAAUGUAAAAAUUCAAAUGAUGCUAAUUCUUCUUGAUAGUUCAUCACUAGUGUAUUAGGCUUGUGGUAACCUCAGUCAAGUCAGUUGCUACUUUUGAAGUAGACGUCUUAAGAUUCUGUUAUGCACCGUGGGAAUUUAUUUUACUUCUCAUCCAAAGAAAUGAAAUAUGAAAAUAUACACAACCACACACACACACACACACACACACACACACACACACACACACACACACACACACACACACACACACACACACACACAUUCAAACAUGCACAUUCAUAUAUGUAUAGUUUUCUGUUCUGUUAAGAUAAGAUCAACAAAAAACGUACUCCAUCCAAUGAGAAAUAUACAUCAUUUAACACACACUUCUUAAAAUAAGGGCUACCAAUAGUUUCUUGCCAUAUCGACACGUGGUUAGGCACGUUUUAUGACCUGCCUUGUGUUCUCCAAGCAAUCUGCAGGCUCUGAGCACAGUUUGUUUUUUUAAAUGAUAUAUACAAAUAAGUGGACAAACAAAUGUGGCACUCAACACAUUUGGUAGGAGUCACACGUGUUAUUUAAUAAGAGUUUGACUCAGCCCCAUGACACUUAACGUUGCAUAGACUCUUAGAAUGAAACAAUGUCAUCAGGCAUUUGGAUAUCUUGAGAAAUUGGGUUUGCUCUACAAGCCUGUGAAAAUUUAAGUUGCAACAGAGCUGAGUCAAACUCUUACUAAAUGAUAUGUGUGUGUGUGUGUAUGAAUUUAUGUCUGUGUGUGUAUGUAUAUAUAUGACUAUGUAUAUAUGUAUUUAUUUAUAUAUAUAUAUAUAGGUGGAGGAGUGGCUGUGUAGUAAGUAACUUGCUUAUCAACCACAUGGUUCUGGGCUCAGCCCCGCUGCGUGGCACCUUGGGCAAGUGUUUUCUACUAUAGGCUCGGGCCAAUCAAAAGCCUUGUGAGUGGAUUUAUUAGAAGCAAACUGAAAGAAGCCCAUCGUAUAUAUAUAUAUAUAUAUAUAUAUAUAUAUAUGUGUGUGUGUGUGUGUAUGUUUGUGUUUGUUUCCACCCAUCAUCGCUUGACAACCGAUGUUGGUGUGUUUACGUCCCCCACAACUUAGUGGUUUGGCAAAAGGGGCCGAUAGAAUAAGUACUAGGCUUACAAAGAAUAAGUCCUGGGGUUGAUUUGCUCAACUAAAGGUGGUGCUCUAGCAUGACCACAGUCAA